AUGGCGAUCGACGCUCUCGGUCUCCUCACAGGUCCCCGGAUCGCUACAACGAUCGCGGGCCGCCUUAUAACGACCUCGAUCGGCGCCGGCUCUCGGGAGAAUCACGCGCCAACCAAGGUGGCUAUGCUGGCGAGUAUCGCGGGAGAGGUGGGCGCGGACGAGGAAGGGGUUUCCGGGACGACAGUCGUGACCGCGCACGCGAUCGCGAAGACCAUCGCGUUGAUCGCCGAGACCUACAGUUCCGCGACGAAAGGCUGGAGCGGACUGACAGAAGUAGGGAACGAGAGCGCGAUUUUAGGCACCAAGGAGACAGCUUUCGCGGCCGACGUCCAUCUCCUCCUAGGCCGCGGUCUCCACUAG